AUGUUAGCACCAAGAUCGAAUGUAAAAGCUUCUAAACAUUAUCAUGGUAUCAUUCAAGCAAAAAUUUCGCCAAAAAGGAAUUCAGCAUCAGUUUUACCACCUAGUUUUCAUUUUUCUGCUGCGCAGGUGAAAUACGGACGAGAAUUAGCAUCGUUAUACAGUGAUGAAAUUAUAGAUAUGUCGUGUGAUAACAAAGCCAGAGUUUUAGUUGGCACAUUAGCGGGUAUACAUUUGCCUACAUUAUCUGGACGAAAACCCUUAUCACCAUUUGAAGAUGGACUAACGAGAUCAGUAAAAGGCCAACGGCCGUUCCUAAAUAAACUUCGCACUAAUUCUAAAAGUCUCAAUGGCUACACUACUAAAGCUAAAGCUGAUUACAUCCAUUCGUUACCAGGUAUACUCUCUUCGAAAAUUAAUUUUCGGCAAUUCUCGGGAUAUUUAAGCAUUAGCCGCACAAAACACACGUUCUACUGGUUUGUGGAAAGUCAGAACAAACCAAAGAGUGAUCCACUAAUAUGGUGGAGUAAUGGAGGUCCUGGAUGCUCCGGCUUAAUCGGUUUGUUUGAAGAAUUCGGACCAUUUCGUGUGCAACCAGAUAACAUUACACUGCUAAUAAAUCCUUAUUCAUGGAAUCGUCUAGCUAAUUUGUUGUUUGUCGAAAGUCCUAUUGGUGUUGGUUUCAGUUACAGUGAUGUUCCGAACCGUGAUUAUGUUGAAUGGACUGACUUACAAACCGCAAAAGAUAACUACUUUGCAUUACAGGCAUUUUUUAACAAAUUUCCACAAUAUAGAAAACAUAAUUUAUACCUCAGUUCGGAAUCAUACGGGGGACAUUCAAAUUCGAAUAAAAUUAAUCUUAAAGGUCUCAUGCUUGGUAAUCCUCUUAAUGAUCCAUAUUCUUUAGAAUACGUUGGAAAUCUUCAAGCUUAUUGGGGACAUUCUCUCAUCGAUAAACAAACAUGGGAUAAUGUAGUUCGGUAUUGUAUUAAUCCUUAUGAACGGAAUCCAUAUAACCCUGAAACCGGAACUGGCUUUAAGUCGUGGAAAGACCCUACGUGUAAUAAGUACGAUGCCCAGGCUAAUUUCUUUGUAAUGCCACAGUUCAUGUUUCCAGCUAAUUAUUCGUCUGGACUUGAUCCUUAUAAAGAACCUAAAUUAAGAAUUCUUAUCUUCAGCGGUGAUGACGACGCAGUAUGUGCAACUGUGGGAACUCAACAUUGGCUAUACGGUAUGAAGCUCGCCGUUCAAUCUCCAUUCCAACCAUGGUAUGAUUUAUUUGAACCAGAUCAGGUCGCUGGAUAUGUAGUAAAAUUUAAGGGUAUCUCCUUGGUUACAGUGCACGGUGCUGGACACGAAAUUGCUCUUUAUUCCCCUGCACGAGCAUACGGUUUCUUCAAAUAUGCUUUAGAAGGGAAAUUUUGGUCGUGA